AUGGGUCACCACGUGGCACAGCUGGCUCUGUUUGUGAGUGACUCAGACAAAGACAUCAGCCAGCAGGCCAGGAAGGGGACUUACCAGCUGAACCAGCUGCUGCUCGAACCGAGGGGAACAGGGAGAGGAAGCCUUAACAAUAAGUAUGUGGUCAAAAAUGACACUAUGCCACAAGAUUAUGGGGAAAAAUGUACCAAUGGGAGUUCUUGCAAAAAAAUAACAGAUGGUGGAUGUGUCCGACUUUCCCAUGAGCUCUCGGCGGGUGAGAAAAAAGCCACUGAGAACAGAAAGGAAAAAGUCCUGGAGUGCCUCAAGAGCCUUGGCAUUGCCCGCGAUGAGGAUAACAUGCCCAAUAUCACCAUCUUAGGAUCAGGCGGAGGUCUGCGGGCCAUGAUAGCCCUUCAAGGAACCUUGGUGGAGAUGAAGAAGCAGGGCCUGUUGGAUGCUGUCCUGCAUCUGUGUGGGGUAUCGGGUUCUACCUGGUGCAUGUCCACCCUCUACAAAGAUAAGAACUGGACAGAGAAAGUACAGGACUUGGAAGAAUGUCUGUGUGAUACACUUUCCAAAUCUUCAUGGGAUCUUCAUAAGGCAUACUCUCUUGUGUGCCAGGCAGCUAAAGAUGAACUCUUCUCUCUGACUGAUGUCUGGGCCUCUUUUGUUGUCUAUAAAAUAUUGAAGCAGUAUGAUCAGACCAUGUUAUCUGAACAAGAUGAUGCCUCCACAAGUGGGACAAAUCCUUAUCCCAUCUAUGCGGCAGUGGAAGCAAAGAUAUCACAUAAAGUAGAUGAAAACAGCCCAGGCACCUGGUUUGAAUUCACUCCUCAUGAGUCUGGCUUUCCUGGCCUAGGGGCAUUUGUGUGCACAAAAGACUUGGGAAGCAAAUUCGAGAAUGGGAAGUUGAAAGAUAACAGCAAAGAGAAAAGUAUUUGCUACCUGCAAGGUUUAUGGGGAAGUGUCUUUGGAAGCAGGGAGGAAAACAUGAAAUAUUUAAAAGAGCUUGUUCUCCAAGUAUUUUCUGGAGGACUGGGAGGGGAACAUCAGUAUGCAGUAGGAGAAGCAGAAAACACAUCAGAAAUGUCCGUGUCUCCACUUGGAGGAGUUUUUCAAAAGCUGGAUAUGCAGAACAUGAGGGGCAAAAAUUCCUACCAGAAGUGCUGUGAAAUGAGCGACACCUGGGGUUCAAAGACCUUGGCAGCAAGAAUGGAGGAGUGUGCUGAAUUCGGCAGGAUUUUUGAAACAGAACAUGGAGCUGUGGAAAAUUAUGGGGAAAGAGAUGAUAAUUUAAUGGCAGCAGAUGCAGAGAGAAGUGUAUCGAGUGCAUGUAAAUUGUUUUGGAAAAUCUGUAUCUGUAUCUUCCACUGGAGAUGGGGGAGCACCCAUAACUUUCUGUACAAAUGUCGUAAGCAAAAUGCAAUUGAAUUGUCCUUCCCACAU